GCAGCUCCUAUACUGUGUAACUGUAGACUUUCCUUGUGUCUCACGUCAAAGCUCUAAUACACUUCGCAUGCGUCAUUCUUACUGGUCUGCAGUCCUCAAAUACCGAAUUUCCGGGUCUACCGACGGAAGAUGGCAGAAAAAGUCCCAUAAUCCCCACAACUCUUAAGCUCGAGGCAGUUUUAGAUCCGGGAACUCGACGAAACGCCCCUCCCGAAGACAUUUUGAGGCUGACCGGUUCCGAAAACGGAGGGGCGAAUCGGUCGAGUGCCGAAGCAUAAAAUGAAGGCUCGGCGUUCCUAUCUUGGCGCGAUCAUGUAUUCGUAUGCUAGUAUCGAAACGUCCUUCCAAGUUUCUGUUCUCACCUUUCCUUAUUCCUCCACCGAUCUAGAGCAAAAUGGUAGCCGCACAAGCUAAGGGGGCUGCAAGGCUUCGGGAGUUCCUCGCCAAUCCAGACCAGAUUGUGAUUGCUCCGGGUGUUCAUGAUGGUCUCACUGCACGAAUGGCACUGAGUGUCGGGUUUGACGCCCUUUACAUGACCGGUGCCGGUACUGCAGUUUCGCGGCUCGGCCAACCGGACCUCGGCCUCACAACAGUCGACGACAUGGCCACCAACGCCGGCAUGAUCGCCGGGCUGGACCGUGACGUGCCGGUCAUCGCAGACGCAGACACGGGCUUUGGCGGACCCCUCAUGGUGGCCCGCACGACGGAGAAGUACAUCCUGCAGGGAGUUGCCGGAUUCCAUAUCGAGGACCAGGUCACUACAAAGCGCUGCGGUCAUCUGCUCGGGAAGGAGCUGGUUGACGUCGACACAUACGCGGCAAGAAUCAAGGCUGCUGCACAUGUUCGUGAGCGGAUGGGUCAGGAUAUCGUCAUCAUCGCACGGACGGACGCAUUGCAAUCGUACGGCUACGAUGAUGCCAUCACGAGACUCAAGGCUGCUGUGGCUGCAGGUGCCGAUGUUGCGUUCCUGGAGGGCAUGACUAGCAAGGAGCAGAUGUCGCAGGUCAUCAAGGAGCUAGCACCUACGCCGUGCUUCUUGAAUAUGGUCGGUGGUGGCGUCACGCCGCUCAUCAACGCGAGGGAGGCGAAGGAGCUUGGCUUCAAGAUUGUUAUCUGGCCCAUGGUUGGUAUGACUUCAGUGUAUCUGGCGACAAGGGACAUGUGCAAGGAAUUGAAGGAGACUGGUGAGAUCAAGGACCGACACGCGCCAGAUGGAAAGAUUGACGGAGGCGUACGGGAUGUGUUUGAAAUCUGCGGUCUGACGAAAUGCAGCGAGUUUGAUAAGAUAGUGGGUGGUACGAGUUUUGCAAAGGGUGUAUAAGCGAUAUUUGUUACAAUUGAGAUACCAUAAUAAAGUAAAACAUUUGAAGGAAGCAAAGGUAUUGGCACCUUUAUGCAUCCAUACUUGG